CUGAUCCUGUUAGAAUUCCUUACACUUGUACCUGAAGAAGUCACGAAUUCGAACCUUUUGGGUGGGCGAAAGUUGCAACUCAUUGGUGAAUUAAAAGGAGGCGUCCCGCUUGUCUUGUCAACUGUUUCUUCUCUCUUGUUUGCUUUGGAAACAUCUCCUCUUGUUCAACAAAAGGCAUUGCGUUGUUUGCAGAGUUGGAUUCAAUAUGGAUUUGAUUUAUUAGAAGCCUAUCCCAUUCUACAAAAAGUCAUGUCUCUUUUGGGUAAUGAAGAUAUAUUUGAGCAGGCUGUUGAAGUUUUGCUUGAGUCCAUGCAACAGGCUGCUUGGUCUAAAUAUCAAACAUAUCGGCAUGACUUACUUGCUUGCUUCACAAGUGAUGAUAUGCGACAAAAGUUUGAAGCUUGUAUAGCACAAGAAGAUGAAGAAACAGCGCGUUUGCUUGCUAAGCUAUUUACAACAUUUGGUGAGACCUAUACAGACUAUAUUGUGUUGGAAUUAGCUAGACCAGAUAUCAAAUGGUUCUUGAAUAUGAUCAUGCAAUUGACUGGCUAUCAAGGUUACUUCCCAAUUGAUCAAGAAGUGUCUGAAAUCCCUCUUAACUUUUGGUAUAUUAUGCAAGAGACAUUGUUUGACGAGAAUGUAUUGCCUGUACGUGAACCUGAAAAUAAUGAAGACAUGGAAAAGAAGAUGUGGAUUGUCAGUUGUGGUCAAACAGCUUUGGCUAUUUAUCGGGAACUUGUGAAGAUACUGAUAAAAAAUGCUUGCUAUCCUGAUGAUGCUACUUGGAAUUCAUGGAAUAAAGAAAUGCUAUCCAUUUUGUUGGAUCAUAUGACGUAUAUCAUUGCUCAAUGGGAUUCUUUACCCGAUGCAAAGCAGGCAAGUUUAUUGGAGGCCACUUUCUUUUGUCUAAAGAGCAUUUCUGAAGAAAUUUCCCCUAACGAAGACGCACAUAUUCCUCGCUUGUUUGGUCUUGAUAUCUUGGGUCGUUUUCCUAAAGACUGCGACACACGUCUCACAAAUACCUCAUUGUUAUUGAUGGGUUCACUUGCUGAAUGGCUUAAAUCACAUCCUCAAUUCCUAGGCCCUGUUAUGAAUUACAUUGUUCCUUGUCUUAGCAAUCCAGUGUUGGCACCUGCAGCAAGUUCAGCUUUUGCUGAUAUAUGUGAUAAUUGUCGUGCAUCAUUAGUUAGUGAAUUAGAUAAUCUUAUGCAUGCCAAUAUCAUGCAAAAAGUAGUAGAGUCAGUAGCAGGUGUAAUCCAAGUACUUUCUCCUGAUAGAGCCAUGGCUCCAUUGAUGACUUUGACAGGCGAUAUCCUUCAAGGUAUUUCUAAUGCUCUCAAGAACCAAGAUCCUCAAGCUGCUCAUGAUGCUACGCUUGUUCAACUUCAAUAUUUAACAGCCUGCUGCCGCGGUAUUCAAUCACCUCAUGAUGACUAUCAAUCCUUGGUUGAACGAAACUCGGUCUAUGACGCAUUUGCAGCUGGACAAUCAGCUACAUUGUAUGCCAACAUGGAAGGAUUUCAUGAAAUCACAUUUGCUAUCCGGGAAUCCACAAAGCAAAUAGCCCAAGUCUGGGCAUCAGACGAAGCCAUCAGCAAGGCCCUUUCUACCUUUUUAGACCAAGGCAUGCGUUCCACAAGUCCACUUUUAAGCCUGAGGUUUCCUGACCUUGCAACACUGGUAGAAACAAGUUAUGAUGCAACACCUUUUGCUUGUUGGUUAAGUACAGCUUCUUUAAUGAUGACAGUCUAUGGUAAUCAAACAAUGCAUAUGGAAAGGCUACGAGAUGUGUUGGCUUCACUGACUACCAAGACAUUGGUAUUUAUAAAUGGAACAGAAGGUACAGUUUAUCUAUUUAUAAACAAAAUUUGCUCAUAG